AUGCGUACGUGUUACGAUGCUCUGUCGGACAUGGACUGGACCAAGGCAUCUUCAUACGGGCGCAGCCGCAGCCUUUUUGCAUCAUUAGACGACAUCGACUCGUGCAGCGCCGAGUUUACACACCCGGGCUUGCUUUAUGCACCCUUGCCUGCACUUUCAUGGCUUUGCUUGGUGUUGUCGGGCCGCGUCGAUUGCCUCACUUUACGAUCAUGGCCUGAGAUAAGACGCAGCUUUCCCUGCUCGGCUGGGCAUCUCACUGCACGCCACAGAACUUGCUCUCAGCGGGCCGUUGUCAUGCGGCAUUGA